AUGGGGCUCAAGAGAGCAGACUUGCGCCUGAAUCACCCCUUCAUCCAGAAUCUGAUCGCCGGUUUGAUGCUCCUAUGUCUCCCUGGCAUCUACCUGGCUCUGACAGGUCUCGGGGCCGGUGGAGGGAAACCGUCGUCUCAGACGGUGGCUGCGAACGUGAAUGCCAUCCUGUAUGGUGUCUUCUUCGUGACCGGAUGGUUUGCCGGGUCUGUGAUGAAUCUGAUCGGUCCCAACUACACUGUAUUUCUUGGGUCGAUAGGCUACAGUCUAUACACCGGUGGUCUCUGGUACUUCGACCGAAGCGGCAACUCCUGGCUGGCAUAUAUGGGUGGAGGCAUUGAAGGAGUAUCGGCUGCACUUCUCUGGGCUUCUGCCGGUGCAAUCGCGUAUUCGUAUGCCGAAGAGAAGGACAAAGCUUUAUUUGUGACGAUACAAUGGUGCAUGUGUGAAGGUGGCUCGACCAUCGCGGCUCUGGUGGCCCUGGGCAUCAACAUGCACAGCUCGCGGCAGGAUGCUGGCGCGCCAACUCCAGUGUACAUCGUCUUUGUCGUCAUCCAGGUCCUUGCCAUGGUUCUGGCUCUGACACUGCUUGUGCGACCGGCCAAGGUGGUGCGCAGCGACGGCACCAAAAUUGCCAUAUUCAAGAACCCAACAUUGAAAAGCGAGCUGGCCGGGAUUCUCGAGAUGAUCAGAGACUUCAAGUUCAUGAUGCUGCUGCCGGCCAUCUUCGUCGCUGAGAUGGCCUUGGCCCUCCAGAGCUCUCUCAACGGCUACUACUUCAAUCUCCGCACUCGCUCCCUCAAUAACGUAAUGUUCAACUUCAUCCAGUUGCCGGCUAGUAUGGCCAUGACUUACAUCCUCGACAACCCUCGUUUCGGACGACGGAAGACAAGGGCUCUGAUUGGCAUCUCUGUGAUGAGCGCGGUCACCCUUGGCAUUUGUGCCGCUGAGGCUGCAUGGCUUGCCGAACACCACCUCCAUCGCAGUGAAGCUGGACCGUCUGUCGAUUGGACUGACUCUGAAUUCGCCGGAGCGUUUGUCAUCUAUGUCAUCUACGGAAGUGUGUACAGCAUCUACCAAAUAGCAACACAGUACGUGAUCUGUACGUUAACCAACGAUCCAGAGCGCCUCGCACGUCGAGCGUCGUGCUUCCGAGGAACGACCGCGCUGGGCAUGAUGUUCAGUUUUAUCAUCGACGGCAACGGAGGGACGUACAUCACUCAGCUGUCUUUUCAGUUUGCAUGUUACUUCGUUGGAAUUGUCUUUCUGUACGUGGUCACCAUCUUCUACGUCAGUGAUACGAACUAUUUCCACGAGGACACGGUCAUUGUGCCAAAGCAUGUCCAAGACGAUGCCCGGCUGGAAGGAAGAGCUGCCGCGGAUGGCGGCAGUGUGGAUGGAAAGGAGACUGUGAUUCCUGACAAGAGCAUGGCCUAG